AUGGCUGCAAACUUCACUGCAUUUUUAACCCUCCCCCAAGCACGGUUUCUAAGUCCCUUGCCCGACCUGACCCUUGCCCUCUUGCAGGAGUUUGGAAGCCCCGAAAUAUGGGAACAUUAUAUGAACUCUGUUGCAACAUCAUUGCCCACAAUUUCCGAAGCUCUUGACGCUGGUCCGACAGUUACAUGGGUUGGAACUUCGUAUUUGUUAGGUCAACUCUCGUUUCAACCACUCUACGGCAGAAUCUCAGACAUCACUAGCCGGAAACCCGUGUUAUUGUUCUCAAUGGGGUGCAUUGUUAUCGACGGUAUCUUGUGCGGUUUUGCUCGUACCCCCGUCUGGUUGUAUGUAUGUCGUACCAUCAGUGGUAUAGGUGGUGGCGGAAUAAGCUCAUCAGUGGCGAUUAUCGUGAGCGAUUUAGUCAGUCUGAGAUCGAGAGGCAAGUAUCAAGGCUUCAUCAGCCUUGCUAUCGGCACUGGAGCUACGUCUGGCCCAUUCGUUGCGGCAGGGCUGAUUCAGAUGACUACUGAUGGAUGGAGGUGGGCAUUCUGGGUCCCCGCCAUCAUGGGUACUAUGUCUAUCAACUCAGGAGGAAGCAUGUGGGCAUGGAAAAACGUCAAGACCAUCUCCAUGCUGACGAUUGGAAUCAUUAUGAUUCUUGUGUUCAUCAUCAUCGAAGCCUUCUUUGCAAAGAUCCCGAUUAUUCCUUUGCGCCUCUUCAAACAGAGGUCCCCAUCAGUACUCAUCCUCACAGGGUUCCUUCACGAUUUCGCUUGGCAGUCAACCCAGUACUUCGUUCCGCUGUACUACCAGACUGUCUGUGGUUUCACACCAUUGAGAAGCGCCACGUUAAUUGUGCCAUUUUUGCUUGCUCAAGGAAUAGCUGGCGCUGCUUCGGGGCCUCUGAUGGCUAGAUACGCCAGAUAUAUGCCUAUUCUUCGAGCUGGAUUCACAGUUUGGACUGUUGGUGCUGGUCUAAAGCUUCUGUUUCAUCAGGACACGCAUAUCGCAGUCUACAUUGUAGUCCUGGCCGUCGAAGUAGCAGGAAUUGGAUGGGUUCACCAACCAGGACUUGUUGCUCUCCAAGCCAACUCUGCAGACGAAGACCGUGCCGUGGCAACAGGAACCCGAAACGUCUUCCGCUCGUUAGGUGGCGUCGUCGGAAUAGCAGUCUCCACGGCUGUGUACUACGCUGUUCUAGAUAAAGCUUUGCAGACCGACAACACCAUUCCAGACUCGCUUCGAGGCAGCGUUCUCGAUGGUACAUGGUCAGUCGAAGAUCCAAAGACUGAACAUUUCUUGGUUGACGAUAUCAUCCUGAAAGGUGAUGUUGAUCAGAGUGAAAGAUGUGAUAACCAAGGUGUAGCGAUUAGUACAGAAUCGGCAAGGGAUGUCAAGAGAGGAUGA